CGAGGAGGUGGGGAGAAUGGAGAAGAGACGGGAUGAACUGAUGGGAGAGCUACAGGCACUAAGGGAGGAGAAGACGGGGACAGAGGAAGGGAGAGAAGGAGGGCAGGCGGCACAGUUAAGGCAGGUGCUGAAUAUUGGGGCAGAUGGGAGGAGGGAGGCGCGGAUGAGGGAGUGGCAGUCUUUGAGGGCUGAGAGGAGUGUGGAGGAGAGGAGGCUGUCCAGUGUGCGUCUGGAGAGGCAGGGUCUUCAGGAGGAGAUGAGGAGGCUGAAGAGGAGGCUGUUCUCUGUCGCCAGGGAGUGUGCUCACAACCAGGUCAUCCUGGUAACCCAGCAGCGUGAGGUGGCCCAGCUCAACAAGGAACAGAUGGAACUCGACACACUGAUCAUCCAGCUGACUGAGGAGGUGUCUCAACUCCGCUCCACCCACCAGACCCAGCUCUCCACCUUUCAGUCCCAGCUCCAGACACCCAGGCAGACACCCAUCCCCAUAGAGGAGCUGACCCAGAGCAAGAGGACCGCGUGUGGGGACAUACAGCAGUACCUGCAGGGAGGGCUCAAAGCCCUGGAGGAAAGGUAUGAGCCAAUGCUGCUGGCCCUGUUGAAGCGGAAGGAGAGGACGUCAGAGGCCCAGGUGAAGGCCAGGCAGCAGGCCCAGGAGCUGAGGUCCCGCCGAGGGCCCAUGAGGGAGGAGGGACAGAGGCUGGGGCUGCAGAGAGCCUGCCUGGAGGAGAGACUCAUACUGAUGGAGACCCACAGGAGAGAGGACGUGGAGCGGUACAGGGAGACAGUGGACAGGCUGGAGGACACUAACAGAGAGCAGAAGACAAAGCUACAAAUCCAGAAGAGGGAAACCAAGGAGAUGGAGGAACUGAGAGACAGUCUUACUAAAGAACUCUACCUGUACAGAGGUAUUGUCGAAGACAAUAACAAGAAUGAUGUAACCAGAGUGCAAGAGAAAACCACCGGGUCAAAUAGAAGUCUUGCAGUUUAGGUUACAAGAGACAAACAACGUUUUCUCAGUUCAUAGUCACUCGUUUCCAACAAUCAUACCAUCCUUACAAAUGUACUUUUAUACACCUUUCAGAAGGUUCCACUCAAUUGUAAAAAAAAAAAAAAAAAAAAAAAA